AUUGCAAAAUGAGUGAGCGUGUCAUCAACUUUAGCGCCGGCCCCGCGCACCUGCCCGAGGAGGUGCUGCGCACUGCCCAGAGCGAAAUGCUCAAUUGGCAUGGCUCCGGCAUGAGCGUCAUGGAGAUGAGCCACCGUGGCAAGCACUUUAAACAAAUUAUUGAGGAAGCCGAAGCCAGCCUGCGUCGCAUCAUGUCCAUUCCCGAGAACUACAAGGUUCUCUUCCUGCAGGGUGGCGGCAUGGGCCAAUUUGCGGCCGUUCCAUUGAAUCUGCUCCCUGAGAAUGGCAAGGCGGCGUACGCCGUCACCGGUGGCUGGUCACAAAAGGCCAUUCAAGAGGCCGACAAGUACGGCACGGCAGCCCCUUGCUUCCCCAAGCUAAAGUCCUUUACAGAUAUCCCUCCCGUUGCGGAUUGGACUAUUGACCCCGACGCUGAAUACGUCUACAUCUGCGACAAUGAGACCGUGUUCGGCGUCGAAUAUCCCGAAGUACCAGAUGUUGGAGACAAAAUACUUGUGGCCGACAUCUCUUCCAACUUCUUAACGCGUCCCGUCGAUGUCUCCAAGUUUGGUCUCUUGUAUGCUGGUGUGCAGAAGAAUGCUGGCCCGGCUGGCUGCACCAUUGUCAUUGUGCGUGAGGAUCUUCUGGGGAAGGCUCGCACCGCGUGCCCGUCCGUUCUGGACUACAAGCUCAUGGCCGACAACGACUCGAUGCCCAAUACCCCGCCGUGCUGGAGCAUUUACGUGACGGGGCUGGUUUUUGCCUGGAUCGAGCGCGAGGGGGGCCUGGCCGAAUUUGCGCGUCGCUCCGAGGCUAAAAGCAAGCUGUUGUACGAGGCCAUUGACGGCUCUGCCGGCUUUUAUGCAUGCCCAGUGGCUGAACGCGUGCGCUCUCGCGUCAACGUGCCCUUUCGGAUUCAAAUUGAUGGGACUGCCUCGGAAGAGCUUGAAGCCAAGUUUGUUGCCGCAGCCGAGGCUCAGGGCAUGAGCAGCCUCAAGGGGCACCGAUCUGUGGGUGGUAUUCGUGCUUCGCUGUACAACGCCACGACACUGGAGCAGACUCAAAAGCUUGUCGAUUUCAUGGCGGCCUUUCGCCAGGAGCACAGUAACUAAGCCCAACACACGAGGGCUGGCGAGCAACUCGACUCGGCCUGACUCGACAUAGAAUAUGAUCAACAAUACCACCCCCUAGAGGUGGGGGCAGAUACAUGUUGUCGGCUGGCCCAGGACUGAGCAAUUGAUUAGCUAGAUGGG